GGUGCGCGCCGGGCCCCCGCCGCUAUGGAGGCGGAGGAGCGUGCGGACAGCCUGGAGGGCUGGGUGUCGGUGCGGGAGCGGCCCUUCGACGCCGACCCCCGGCCGCCCCGCCUGCGCUUCCUGGUGUGGUGGAGCCCGCAGGCCGGCCGCUUCGCCGUCACCUGCCCCUCCCGGGGCCCGCCGCCCGCCGGGCUGCUGUCGGUGGCGGCGCUGCGGGGCCUGCACGGCCUGCUGCUGGGCCUGUGGCCGCGGCCGGAGCCGCGCCUCCCCGCGCUGCCCGCGGGGCUGGGGACGGGCCCGGCCGGGCCGGAGGAGCUGCGGCCGCUGUGCCGGGAGCUGGAGGGCUACCUCGCCGCCGCCGCCGCCGCCUGCGGCCCGGACCUGCUGCUCGACGCGCUCUUCCCCGCCGAGGACCCCGCCGACCGGGAGCCGGCCUACUUCGAGCCGCCCGACGAGCUCCGGAGGAGGACCCUGCGGGGCCGGCUGGACGCCGCCCGGGGACGCCUGCGAGCGGUCCUGCAGAUCCACGGCGCUGCGGAAACGUUGGUGACUCUCCUGAAGGUCUACGAGGAAGAAGAUGAAGCUUACCGGGAGCUGGUUUCCCAGGCAGCGGACCUCUACCACUAUCUACUACGACCCUUCAGGGACAUGAGGGAGCUCGCGACCUUCUACAAGCUGGAGAUUUUGAAGUCUUUGAAGACGGAGGAGUUGGGCCCGAGGAGAAGAGCGGAGUUGAAGAAGGAGGCCGAAAACUGGAGACUGCGGGCCGAGGAGGCCGUGACCUCCAUUCAAGAGAUCACCGUGGAUUACUUCAAAGAAACCGUCAAGGCUCUGGCAGCAAUGCAGAAACAGAUGGAAGAAGAUGGAAAGAGAUUUGGGUCGGCCUCUUGGGCCUCAGCUACCCCUCGUCUGGAAAAAGUGAAGCUUAUGUCUGCUCAAGAGACCCUCCAGCUGAUGAGAGCCAAGGAACUGUGUGCCAAUCAGAAGAGGGCCGACAUUCGGAAAAAAAUGAAAAGCCUCUCCGAGCAAGAGAGAUCCGUGGACGCAGUAGAUGAACUGGAAAUCCAGUAUUAUGAAGCUCAGCUGGAGUCAUACAAAGUACAGUUUGAGAUACUGAAAUACGAAGAGCGGCUGCUCGUUCUACAGUUGGAGACUGUAAGGAGACUACUAAAGGAGAAACAGGACGAAGUUGUAUAUUAUGAUACAUGUGAGAACCCCGAGGAGCUUAAAGGGCUUGAUCAGACAGUGGACCAGCAGAACUCCCAGAAUCCGGAAUGGAAGAAACUUAAUCUGCAGUUGCGGCAGCUGGAAUCCAAACGGGGAAUUAUCUGUUCAAGAAGAGCCUAUCUCAGGAACAAAAAAGAUCAAUGUGAAGAAAGCCAUCAGCUCAAAGUGAGGCAGGCCCAAGAGAGUCACAAACACUUCCUUCGGCAUCAUGGCAUUCAACUGAAGCGUGACAAGAAGAAAGAGGAGGAGAGAGAGAAAAGAGAGUGGAUUAACCAGGAAUACCAGAAAACGCUGCAGCGACUGAAAACCUUCAGAGAGAAACGCUCGGCACGCUCGGGGCAGAAAGCCUCCGGUUCCGAUCCAGUGGGGCCCUCUCCUCACCUCGACGACUCCCCACCGACCGUCUCGGCGGACGCUCAGCCUCUGUCCCUAAUCUUCCUGUCUCCUGGGCUAGAGAAGAGCCCUCCCUCAGACAAGGGCCAAAGCGGGAGAGGUCAAGGAGGCUCCGAGGGCCUCCCUGAACAGACGUUGGCUCCGACGGGGGAGCCAGGGGAGGAAGUGAAGACCCCCCAGGCAUCCCCGCUUUUAACCCCUCCGGCUUCUCCAUCUCCUUCCGCCCCCCCACCACCUCCACCGCCUCCUCUCCCAGUUCAUCCACCCCCUCCCUUCUGGGAGCCAACCAAAGUUGGGGAGAAGCCCUUCUCUGCGGACAAAUUCCGGGAUCCCCCCAGAAGCCGCUGUUCAGGAUUGAUGGAUGAGGUUCUGGCCUCCUUGAAGCAGGGCAACUCCGGCCUCCGCCACGUGGAGCCGCCCCACCCUCCAGGUCCGGGCACCUCGGGCCAGGAUGACCUCCUUGCCGCCAUCAGGAGAGGAGUUAAAUUGAGGAGAGUCACCCCAGGCCCCGCCCGGGAGGCCAAGGCAUCCAACAGCGAGCUCGAGAGGAGCAUCAAGGCGGCCAUGAGGAGGAUCAAGAAGGUGUCCGCAGACUCCGAAGAGGAGGACGACGGGGAGCAGAACAGCGGGGGAGAGUGGGACGGCUAGCCCGGGAGGUUGGGCCGGAGGAUUGACUUUCCUAGCGACUUCUGUGUACCUGUUCAGAGAGGAGAGCGGGGCUCUGGUGGGAGAAUGGAGUGGAAGUUGCUUUGGUCGUGGUCAAAAUAGAGUGUGUAUGUGUGUG